UUGCCUCGGGACAAUUCAGAGGGUUGUAUGAAAUACAAGGCUUUGCCAGUGAAGAAAGGGCUUGUUUUUCAAAAUGAAGGGGAUAAAAUAUCAAUCAGGAAUCAGAAAGCGCGGGAAAAGAAGACUAAACCGGAAAUUAAAUCAAGAUGUUACCGGAAGCGGUUAUCCAAUCAAAAUUUACAUUUUGGGGUCAUGUGACAAGGAUGGCUUCGACAUGGCGGCUGGUGUGAACUUGUGUGAUGUACGGAUUGAAGAAACACUCAAAAUAAGGAUAGGGGAAGCGAAAAACCUGCAACCAAGAAAAGAACCGAGAUAUUUACGAAACUGCUAUUGUGUUGUGACACUCGAUCAAGAACAAGUAUUUAGGACCUCGACAGUGGAGAAAAGUUUGUGCCCAUUCUUCGGUGAAGAUGUACAUUUUGAAGUUCCCAGAGACUUUAGGACAUUGUGUUUCUAUCUGUUUGACACUGACCUUAUAGGAAAGGAUACAGUGUUAGGAAAGGUUGCAAUAAAGAAAGGCAGUGUCCAUAAUUACCCAUCAGACUCGUGGUUUCCUCUGGUUCAGGUUGAACCUGAUACUGAAGUUCAAGGAAGAAUACAUUUAGAAAUCAAACAUUAUGAAUUUAUACCUGAUACAGAUGAUGAUGAAUACUCUAGUACACCCAAAAUCAGUAUAAGGAUUUUAGAAUGCGCUGAUUUGUAUGGAUGCAAUGGAAAUGGAACAUUUUCUGAUCCUUAUGUCAGUAUCACUGUACAUGGGCCGCUCUCAAGGUCAGAGCCUAAAAAGACCAAAGUCAAGAAGAGAACUUUAAAUCCUCAGUUUGAAGAAUCAUUUCUCUUUGAGAUACCUGAUGAUGAUGUUGAAAGUUUGGUCUUGAGAUGUGCAGCAUGGAGUGCAAGUCUUAUAGGAGAAGAUAUCUUCUUAGGAGAAGUCAGGGUUCCUCUAAGUAAAUGUGACUUGUCAUCAAUGCACGAAGGAUGGUAUUGGCUUGGACCUCGUGAGGAUAAAAAUGACCCUCCCAGCAAACAAGAACUAGGCUCAUUGAGACUUAGAGUGUGCCACACUCAAGACUAUGUCUUCCCUUCAAGUUUUUAUGAUCCUUUGAGGGAAACAAUUUUAGGCAUCAAGGAUGGUCAGGAUGUGCAGCCCACUGCUGCUCAUAUCCUUGGUGAUCUUGUGAAGGACAAGGCUUCAGUGGCGAGGUCACUUGUUAGGGUUUUCUCUCAUCAUAAUCAGGUUGUAGACUUCAUUAAGCUGGUUGUAGAUCAUGAAGUCCAAAAUACAAAAGAUUCCAAUACACUUUUUAGAGGCAAUUCAGUAGCAACCAAGUCAGUUGAUGAAUUCAUGAAACAUGCUGGCAUGUACUACCUUCAUGAUACCAUCAAAUGUCUUGUAGAUGAGAUUUUUGAAGACCACAAACGCUGUGAAAUUGACCCAGCAAAACUGAGAGAAGGAGAAUCGUUAGAAGCAAAUUUGGUUCAUCUCCGAGGGUAUGUGAACAGAUUAUUUGCAGCCAUCACUUGUUCAGCCAUGGCAUGCCCAACUGUCAUGUGUCAGGUGUUCCACAACAUUAGAGAAGCUGCUGCCUGGAAGUUUCCAAAUGAUGAGGAUGUCUGUUACACAUCAGUGAGUGGUUUUGUGUUCCUGAGAUUCUUUGCCCCUGCCAUUUUAAACCCUAAAUUAUUUCAGAUGAGAAAUGAACACCCGGAUGCACAGACAGCAAGGACUCUAACACUUAUAUCCAAGGCAAUACAAAGUUUAGGAAAUGUUGUGAGUUCUGUCCUGUGUGGACAGGUGAAAGAACCUUAUAUGGAAACAUUGAAGUCAUUAAUUCUUGAUCAGGAACAUAUAACUGCUGUCAAAAGGUUCUUGGAGAUCAUCUCAUCACCCAGUAGAGCACAAGGGCUGCCUGUAGACUCUACCAUUGUUCUCAAGGAGGGGAUGUUGAUAAAGCGAGCCCAAGGACGAAGCAGGUUAGGAUUUAAAAAUUUCAAAAAGAGGUUCUUUGUUUUGACAAACAAAGGUCUUUCGUACUCCAAGGACAAGACCAAAGCUACUCUUGGACACAUUCCUGUAUGUGACAUCUUGGGAGCAGAAAGCCUUGGAGAAGACUCCUUCCAUUUAAAACUGAUGGUACAGAUAAUUCAGCCUGACAGACUGUUAUAUGUACAGGCAAGCAACACUGUUGAAGAAAGAGAAUGGACCCGUGCACUGCGUAAAGUGUGUCACAGCAAUCCACACCGAGUUCAUAAGUAUCACCCUGAAGCCUUUGUAUGUGGCAAGUGGCUAUGCUGUAAAGAACGAUCAGAGAAAGCCACAGGAUGCACACCCAUAACAGAAGUGCCUCAACCUAAAUGCGUGAACGUAGCUAUAGAUUGUGAUCGGGAGAUUGAGAGAAUACACUCCUUAUUCUUAAUAAACCUGGACAAGCUGGACGAGCUGCAAACUGAAUGCGAAAGUCAAUGUGAAAACUGUACAGUCGAAGGAACAACCCCGGAAAUGUGGAAACAAAAGUUGGCGACGAUUAAUGAUAUCCGUUCACACAUUAUCAGCCUAGAGCAAGAGCACAAACAGCACCGUAAAAUUACACAUCGUCUUACAAGACAUGGCAGCAAAAAAUGUCCUUGGGGACCAACUCAAGAAUCUCCUGAUCCCUUUAGACGUCAUUUAAUCUUACAAUAGUUUAUGUAUAUAUAUAUUAAUAAUGAUGUAGAGGUGUCACAUGUCUUUGUAGUAUAGUUAAUUGUCUGAUAAAAUAGUUCAAAGAACGUACAACUUAAGCAGGUAGAAUAGAACCUUUACACCAAAAGUCAUUGUAAAUGCAAGGUUCAAAAAGGUGAAGCAUAAACGUGCCAUUUAUUAAUUCAA